AUGGGCAAAAAAGAUAAGAAGUCCGCCGAGCAUAAGGCUCGUGUGGCUGCAAAGCAAACCAAGAAAACUGCUCAAAAGGAGAAAAAGUCCAAGGCCAAGGGCAAGGAUGUCGAUAGCGAUGUCGAGGAUGCCGACCUCGAUGCCAUUCUCGCCCAAUAUGCUGAAGAACAAGCAAAAUUCUUGAAGGUUACUGAGGUGGUCUCGGAGCCUCCUAAACCACGCUCGUCUGCGACUGUUCUCGCAUCUCCGUCUAACCGCAAUGAAUUGCUGCUCUUCGGCGGCGAGUACUAUGAUGGAACCCAUGCAUCCUUCUUCAAUAACCUCUUAGUCUACUUGAUUGACAGAGGUGAAUGGAGAGAGGUGACCAGUCCCAACAGCCCAUUGCCACGAAGUGGUCAUGCGUGGUGCCGUGGAGGUAAUUCUGGAGGUGUAUACAUGUUUGGAGGCGAAUUCUCGUCACCCAAGCAAGGUACAUUCUACCACUACAAUGAUUUCUGGCACCUAGACACCGCCACGAGGGAAUGGACCCGUCUCGAGACCAAGGGCAAGGGUCCUCCAGCUCGAAGUGGUCACCGAAUGACAUACUACAAGAAUUACAUCAUUCUAUUUGGUGGCUUCCAAGAUACUUCUCAGCAGACCAAGUAUCUGCAAGAUCUGUGGAUUUACGAUUGCCAGAAAUACACCUGGUUCAACCCAACUUUGACCACCGCGGCACAGAAACCCGAUCCUCGGUCCUCGUUCUCAUUCCUUCCGCAUGAGACAGGUGCUGUCAUCUAUGGCGGUUAUUCUCGCGUGAAAACUACUAGUGGUGCAGGUGCAGGCGGCAAGCCGGUAAAGGGCGGUACCCAGAAAAUGACCAUGCGUCCCAUGGUUCAUCAAGACACCUGGUUCCUCAGAAUCACACCACCCGCAGCUGAGGCACCCGCAGCUGCCGGCCCAACAAUUCGUUGGGAGCGGAGAAAGAAGCCUGCGAACACUCCCAACCCAGCUCGCGCUGGAACGACCAUGGCAUACCACAAGGGUCGUGGUAUCAUGUUCGGUGGAGUUCACGAUGUCGAAUUAACUGAGGAAGGUAUUGACAGCGAGUUCUUCGAUACUUUGUUUGCAUGGAACACUGAUCGAAACCGAUUCUUCCCUAUGACUUUGCGAAAACCACGUGCUCCCGGAAAGAAACAACAAGCGAACCAAGCUGCGCGAUCGCGAGGAGAUAGAAGCAAGGCUGAUGAAGAGGAGCUCUUGCGGAACCUCAAGGCCCUGGAAACUAAGGGAGGAAUCCGCGAUGAUGACGAUGAUGAUGAUGACUUUAUGCAAUUAAGCACUCCUAAAGAGGAGCCUGUUGAGCCCGCCAAGCCUGCGGUAAUUCGCUUUGAGAUGCCUCAUCGCCGUUUUAACGCACAGCUUGCAGUGCAAGAUGAUUUGCUGUUUAUCUAUGGUGGUACUUUCGAAAAGGGUGAUCGCGAGUUUACAUUUGACGAUAUGUACUGCAUUGAUCUUGUCAAGCUGGACGGAGUCAAGGAGGUAUUCUACAGAGAACCAGAGAACUGGAAUCUUAUGGAUGAAGAUGAGGACAGUGAUGAGGACAUGGAUGACGAAGAUGACGAUGAAGAUAUGGAUGAUGAAGAUGGCGACGCGAUGUCCCUUGAUACCUCUUCACCUGCUCCAACAGAUGUGACCGUGCCAUCAGUUACUCAGGACAUGGAACAGCUUGAAGUUGAGGAGCAAGAUGAUGCCGAGCCUGAAGACAGCCGGCCAUUGCCUCGAGCUUUCGAGAGUCUCCGUGAAUUUUUCACUCGUACUGCAGACGAGUGGCAGAAGAUCGGAAUUGAAGCUCUGACAAUGAAGGGUAUGGUUGAAGGCAAGACGAUCAAGGAGCUUCGGAAAGCUGCAUUCGAUAUGGCAGAAGAGAAAUGGUGGGACAGCCGUGAGGAGAUCAUGGCUCUGGAGGAUGAACAAGAAGCAUCCGGUAUUGGCGAGGUGGUCAGCAUGGCUGAGCGGUCUGAGAAUGUGGGAGGAGCUGGCCGCCGCCGUUGA